AUGGAUUCUGGACUACGGCUGACCAGCGUUUUCACUUUGUUCUUCUCCGGCUUGUGGCAUUUAGGAUUAACAGCGGCAAAUUACAACUGUGAUGACCCAUUAGCAUCCUUGCUCUCUCCAGUGGCUUUUUCCAGCUCCUCAGACCUCAAUGGUACUCACAUCCCAGCUCAGCUCAACCGAAGGGUUGGAACUGGCGGUUGGUCCCCAGCAGAUUCCAAUGCUCAGCAGUGGCUCCAGAUGGACCUGGGCAACAGAGUGGAGAUUACAGCAGUGGCCACGCAGGGAAGAUACGGAAGCUCUGACUGGGUGACGAGCUACAGCCUGAUGUUCAGUGACACAGGACGCAACUGGAAACAGUACAAGCAAGAAGACAGCAUCUGGACCUUUGCAGGAAACAUGAACGCUGACAGCGUGAUGCACCACAAGUUACUGCACUCUGUGAGAGCCCGGUUCGUUCGCUUUGUGCCCCUGGAGUGGAAUCCAAGUGGAAAGAUCGGCAUGAGGGUUGAGGUCUAUGGAUGCUCCUAUAAAUCAGACAUCGCUGACUUUGAUGGCCGAAGCUCCCUUCUGUACAGGUUCAAUCAGAAGCUGAUGAGUACUCUCAAAGAUGUGAUCUCCCUGAAGUUCAAGAGCAUGCAAGGAGACGGGGUCCUGUUCCAUGGAGAAGGGCAACGUGGAGACUACAUCACCCUGGAGCUCCAGAAGGGGAGGCUCGCCCUGCACCUCAACUUGGAUGACAGCAAACCUCGGCUCAGCAGCAGCCCCCCCUCGGCCACCCUGGGCAGCCUCCUGGAUGACCAGCACUGGCACUCCGUCCUUCUCGAGCGGGUCGGCAAGCAUGUGAACUUCACCGUGGACCGGCACACACAGCACUUCCGGACCAAGGGCGAGGCGGAUGCCCUAGACAUCGACUAUGAGCUUAGUUUUGGAGGAAUUCCAGUACCAGGCAAACCUGGGACCUUUUUAAAGAAAAACUUCCACGGAUGUAUCGAAAACCUUUACUACAAUGGAGUAAACAUAAUUGACCUGGCUAAAAGGCGGAAGCAUCAGAUCUACACCGUGGGCAAUGUCACAUUUUCCUGCUCCGAACCACAAAUUGUUCCCAUCACAUUUGUCAACUCGAGCAGCAGUUAUUUGCUGCUGCCCGGCACCCCCCAAAUCGAUGGGCUCUCGGUGAGUUUCCAGUUUCGAACGUGGAACAAGGAUGGUCUGCUUCUGUCCACAGUGCUCUCUGAGGGCUCAGGGACCCUGUUGCUGAGCCUGGAGGAUGGAACCCUGAGACUCGUGAUUCAGAAAAUGACAGAACGGGCAGCUGAAAUCCUCACAGGCAGUGACUUGAAUGAUGGUUUGUGGCAUUCAGUGAGCAUCAACGCCAGAAGGAACCGCAUCACUCUCACUCUGGAUGACGAUGCAGCAUCCCCGGCUCAGGACACCACCCGGAUGCAGAUUUAUUCUGGAAAUCGCUAUUACUUUGGAGGGUGCCCUGACAAUCUCACCGAUUCCCAGUGCUUACAUCCCAUUAAUGCUUUCCAAGGCUGCAUGAGGCUCAUCUUUAUUGAUAACCAGCCCAAGGACCUCAUUUCAGUUCAGCAAGGUUCCCUGGGGAAUUUUAGUGAUUUACACAUUGAUCUGUGUAGCAUCAAAGACAGGUGUUUGCCAAACUACUGUGAACAUGGAGGAAGCUGCUUCCAGUCCUGGGUGACCUUCUACUGUAACUGCAGUGACACAGGUUACGUGGGCGCCACCUGCCAUAACUCCCUCUAUGAGCAAUCCUGCGAGGUGUACAGGCACCACGGCAACACAGCUGGUUUCUUCUACAUCGACUCAGAUGGCAGUGGGACCCUGGGACCUUUCCAAGUGUACUGCAACAUCACAGAGGACAAGAUCUGGACAUUGGUGCAGCACAACAACACGGAGCUGACCCAUGUGCGAGGUGCCAACGCUGAGAAGCCCUACUCCAUGACCUUGGACUAUGGAGGCAGCUUGGAGCAGCUGGAGGCCGUGAUUGAUGGCUCGGAACACUGUGAACAGGAGGUGGCCUACCACUGCAAGAGGUCCCGCCUGCUCAACACGCCAGAUGGAACCCCAUUGACCUGGUGGAUCGGACGGUCCAAUGAAAGACACCCCUACUGGGGAGGCGCCCCUCCCGGAGUUCAACAGUGUGACUGUGGCCUAGACGAGAGCUGCCUGGACAUUCGACACUUUUGCAAUUGUGACGCUGACAAGGACGAAUGGACAAAUGAUACUGGCUUUCUUUCCUUCAAAGACCACUUGCCUGUCACUCAGAUAGUUAUCACUGAUACCAACAGAUCAAACUCAGAAGCUGCUUGGAGAAUUGGUCCCUUGCGUUGCUAUGGUGACCGACACUUCUGGAAUGCGGUAUCAUUUUAUACAGAAGCCUCUUACCUCCACUUUCCUACCUUCCACGCGGAAUUCAGUGCUGACAUUUCCUUCUUUUUUAAAACCACGGCUUUAUCUGGAGUUUUCCUAGAAAACCUUGGCAUUAAAGACUUCAUCCGACUUGAAAUAAGCUCUCCUUCCGAGAUCACUUUUGCCAUUGAUGUUGGGAAUGGCCCCAUAGAGCUCAUAGUCCAGUCCUCUUCUCCUCUGAAUGACAACCAAUGGCAUUAUGUCCAGGCCGAGAGGAACCUCAAGGAGACCUCACUCCAGGUGGACAACCUCCCAAGGAUGACCAGAGAGACCUCAGAGGAGGGCCAUUUCCGGUUACAGCUCAACAGCCAGCUGUUUGUAGGGGGAACAUCAUCAAGACAGAAAGGCUUCCUAGGAUGCAUACGCUCCUUACACUUGAAUGGGCAGAAACUGGACCUGGAGGAGAGGGCAAAGGUCACGUCUGGAGUCCGGCCCGGAUGCCCGGGCCAUUGCAGCAGUUACGGCCACAUCUGCCACAACGGAGGCAAGUGUGUGGAGAAGCACAGUGGAUACUUCUGCGACUGCACCAAUUCACCGUACGAAGGGCCCUUUUGCAGAAAAGAGGUUUCUGCUGUCUUUGAGGCUGGCACUUCAGUGACUUACAUGUUUCAAGAACCCUACCCAGUGACCAAGAAUAUAAGCCUCUCUUCCUCAGCGAUUUAUGCAGAUGCAGCCCCAUCCAAAGAAAACAUUGCAUUGAGCUUUGUGACAGCCCAGGCACCCAGCCUCCUGCUCUGUAUCAACUCUUCUUCUCAGGACUACCUGGCUGUCCUGCUCUGCAAGAAUGGAAGCUUACAAGUUCGCUACCAGCUAAGCAAGGAAGAAACCCAUGUAUUCACCAUCGAUACAGAGAACUUUGCCAACAGAAGACUGCACCACCUGAAGAUUAACCGAGAGGGCAGAGUGUUUACCAUUCAGAUGGAUCAGCACCUCCGACUCAGUUAUAACUUCUCCUCAGAGGUUGAGUUCAGGGCCAUCAGGUCCCUCACUUUGGGCAAAGUCACAGAGAAUCUUGGAUUGGAUCCUGAAGUUGCUAAAGCAAACACCCUGGGUUUUGUUGGCUGUCUGGCUUCAGUCCAAUACAACCAUAUAUCACCACUGAAGGCAGCCCUGCGCCAUGCCACCACCGCACCUGUAACCAUCCAAGGGAUAUUGACAGAAUCCAGCUGUGGCUCGAUGAUGGAUUCGGAUGUGAAUGCAGUGACCACGGUGCAUUCUUCAUCAGAUCUUUUUGGGAAGACAGAUGAGCGGGAACCACUCACCAACACAGUGCAAAGUGACUCGGCUCUCAUCGGAGGAGUAAUAGCAGUGGUGAUAUUCAUCAUCUUCUCGAUCAUCGGCAUCAUGAGUCGUGUCCUUUACCAGCAUAAGCAGUCACAUCGUACCAACCAGAUGAAGGAGAAGGAAUAUCCGGAAAAUUUGGACAGUUCCUUUAGAAAUGACAUUGAUUUGCAAAACACAGUGAGCGAGUGUAAGCGGGAAUAUUUCAUCUGAAAAACUGCAGGGCCACCUCAUGCUCUUCCUUUGUUGCUCAUUUUUGGUUUCUCCUUCUCCUCUUUCUCCUAUCUUUCAUUUUGCUCAUUCUCUUUCUCUGUUUUCCUUUUACUUUUGGAACAUACCUGCAUUCACCACAGCAUCUAUCCCCUUGAACCAGCUCAGAAUGCCAGGCAGCUAUGGCCACUGCCUUCCUCUGUGACACACUUAUAAUGGUGAAAACGAUCAUUCAAGAGACUGAUUACUUUAGACAAGGAAGAGACACAUGUGUGCACAUGUCCAUAUUCAGUUCCGUAUUUCCACUUUCUAAGAUGCAGCCUUCAGUUCUGCAACCAUUCAGUCUUUCAGGCUUACCUUGAACCUGAGCUCUGUGACUUCGGCAUGAAGUGGUCAUCCUCAACACCCUUCCCCAUUUCAAGUCCACUCCGACCAGGGAACUCAGGGUACCAAAACAAGAUGCUAGGGCCUGGUUUGUGUCAGUGGCACUUUAAAAGGAACAAGAGAGGUUUGUUGUGUGUUAAUUUUCCCCCCACAGGAAGCCCAUUACCCUAACUCAUCAUCAUUGUUGGCUCUGACUCAUCCCCUGAGUAUUUCAAAUAUAGGAUUCCUGAUAGUCGUGAGCUAUUGCUUUGUUCCUUUCUUACCACUCUCUCCCAGGGCUGACGCUUUAGAACAGCACACAAUAGCAUAAACCUAGGGGAAGCAUGGAAAAUAGUCACUUGAAACUAGGAGGUAAAAAGAAAGCUGCUAGGAAGUAGAUGUUCUAUAACUUAAAAAAUGCCUCUUCCAAUUUUGUGAGAAAUGCUAGCUAGGUUAUUCCUGGGAUUAUUAUACUGAUAGAUAUAUAUAUCAUUGCUGCAGCAAAAAGCAAUUCAAAUAAAAGUCUAAAUUAGCACUUGGUUCCAUGAAAGAGCUUAAACCACCUUAACUCAGCUUUAAAGAAAAACAAAAAACAAAGCAAGACAAACAAACAAAAAACUGCAUGAAAGCAAAGAAAUACCAAACAGAAUUCUUUCCUUCCCUCCCCUCACUAAAGAUAUGGUGAAGAAAGUAAACACAGGUUUCACAUUUUAGAAUAGAUAUAAUAAUCCACGUCUGUCCACUGAGCCAUUUCUCUAGGAGGUUUAGGAUGAACUGAUGUGUGAGGCAUUCUGACUAGCUCCAGGGAGACCCCACUGCUUAAUCUGAGAGGAGCCCUUAAGUCCUACAGCACAUCACAUUUUCAGAUGCGCUUCAUCCUAUGUAUAUAAAGGCCCCACACACACUUCUUUCUGCAGGCAUAAACUCCCAGAUGAUGCAGUGACACAUUUCAGGGUAUUUGCCCCUUUUGAUACCAAAACAUCCAUGAAACACAGUCAUUCCUUCAAGAAGUUAUCUUGGGCACAUGCACGAGGUGGUUGUGCGAAUCCUGGUGAUUUUGCUGUAGUGAUAUUCCUCACGCUUUGCCUCUGGUCCAGCUUCAGGAAAAAAGAUAAGGGGGAAAGGAUAUAAAUGCUCCAGUAGGCUGGGAAUGCGAAGAGAAUGGUCCACAGACAUGGAAAUUACUUGCUGAUUCUCUUUACAAGACAGACUCGAUUUGCAUCCCAUCUUGUUCUCCGUGUCUGUCACUUCUGACUAUUUAACACUUUCCUGCAUGAUAAGGUUCACAAGGAGGAACUCCAAGGCUUCACCCCAUUUCAGGUCUAUUCCAGGCUUUUCUUUCAGUGGCAGAGUGCGUGGGGUAAGGAUUUCAUUUGUAAUCAUAUUUCUCAACUUGAAGAUGUUGUUCCAAAUACACCCUCUCUUUUAAAACUUUUCUGUGGAUUCUUACUUAAUCAUUCCCAUUAUAUCCUUUUGCUAGCAAAUUUAUUUUAAAGUGGUUCUAACAAGGGUAACUUUUUUUCCUUCUAACUUUAAUAAGAUGAAUAAUCUAUUCAUAAGAGGAAAGAUCUUUACUGUUUCUUCCUGCCCUGUUCUCUCCUAUUUCCAGUGUUCACUCCUGAAUUUUCUCUUUCCAUAAAAAUGCUAUAUAAAUCAGCCUUUUGCUUGGUGACAUAGUCCUUCGUCCCCUGAAAUAAAAGUCACCAUGAAGUGUAGUGGGUUUAGCCCAAAGCAUCUCCAGUAACGAAUUGGAAAGGAAAAGGAAGGUGUGAGUAAUAAAACUGGAACUGCUCAUUAUUCAAUCUCUGAGAAUUAGGGACUAUAUUUUGCUGACCCAGUAUUGAUAGAAGAAAUGGAGUACUAACAGAGGCCGCCUUGGAGGAUCUGCUUUUCUCAUCCACUUUUAUAGGCUUGUGGGGGGUUCUGCAGGGUGAAAAAUUUGAGAAGCUCCAUCCUUGUCACAUCUGCACUACAGAAUCUACCAGCAAACCUCCCCACAUCUGUAGACUAUCCAUCCAUCCAUACUGCGUAUCACAGACUUAAUGACGAAUGCCAAGACAGUGCGAUCAGCACGUCACUCUUAUAAGAAGAGUCUCAGGGCUAAAUCAGAAUUAUUUUUACAGGGUUGGAAUAUUUCAUAACCGUAGAGAACACUAACUUUCACCAGAUGUGUAUGGAAAGCAAGCAAGCUGCUCUCUCCAAAGGAAAACACAAUUUGCAAUGACAAGUGCAAACUCUGCCUGUCUUUCCUCCGUGGUACCAAGAUCCAUGGAGUUUUGUGUAAUUGUUGAGUUGUGUGAGUGUUUCAAUCCUUGAACAAUUAUAAUCUAAAACUAACAGUCCUUGAAAGCAUUCUAAUGCCUCCUUAAUCACAGUUUUCUGCUUCAGUUUCCUGACUGCAUGCUCUGGCCAACUGGAUCGCCAUAAUCCUACAUUUUAACCCUCACUCUUUGGUAAUGGCUGUUUACCAACAUAUUUUAUGGAAUGUGGUCAUUUUACAAGAAAACCAAAAAAUACCUGUGCAAUUUCACAUUCUAGGGGGGCUAUUUCAUUGAUACUAUUCCCACCAAACAAAUCUAUUUAUGUAAGCAGCAGUGUAUUUGCUUACCUUAAAUAUAUAUUU